UCAUCCCCCGCUACCCCAAUAGUUUUUUUUCUCUGUCUUCCAUUCUGAAACAGUUGGGCGGGGCGAUGAGUCCCUGGGGCGUGGUCUUCAUAUUCAGGGGGACUUUGCAUGGCCUCAGCUUCCAACCGUAAUUCCAGAUGCAGUUGUUUUAUAAGCACUAUCCAACAUUCACUUCAAGGGAUACUGAACUAUUCCGUGCAAUCUCUUUUUUUGGUGCGUACCAAUGAAUAAUUUAAAUGAUCCACAACAGUGGAACAUCCGUCCAAAUGGAGGUGAUGGAGAAGGGAGUAAAUGGAAUUAUGCUUUACUGGUACCAAUGCUGGGCCUUGCUGCUUUUCGGUGGAUAUGGUCAAAAGAAUCCGAGAAAGAAAUUACAAAAGCAAAAUUGGAGUAUCAUCAGAAAGUGACUAACGUUCAGAAAGAUCUUGAAACAAAAUAUCGAGACAUUAUUGUUGAAAAUCGACGUGCAGUUGCUCACUUGGAAAUUGAGCUUGAGAAGGAACAAAACAGAACUCUUAGCUAUCGCCGAGCCCUCAUCUCUCAAAGUCAAAAGCUGGUGGAAGAGAAGAAGCAAUUGGAACAGGAGAGGGACCUGUUAAUACAGCAAGUGAACGCAGCACAGAAGAGUGGAGCAGCAGGUGUCUUGUAUGCAAGUUACAUUGAAAAAGAAGAAGAAUGGCAGACAAAAGCCAAAACUAUGUUAAAGGAAUUUGAAGAUGCUCUUAAAGAGAGACAGGACAUUUACUGUAGCUUGGUAGUGCCUAGGAGAAAAAGGUUAGAGAUAGAAAAGAAUUUGCUUGUCAAAGCUGCCAUUAACCCGGUAGCAGUAGAAUUAGACAUGUCGGAUGGCCUUGUGGACAUCUUUAAACACGAUACUCACUGUGCUGUAUUGACGAACACCAAUAAGCGGGAAAAUGGCAGGUUAAUGUGGCUGUAUCUAAAAUACUGGGAACUCUCUCUAGACCUAAAGAAAUUCAAGAAGGUGGAAGAUGCUAUGACAGGAAAAUAGAGCAUGUUUUGCACAAAUAUUUACACAGAGUUUAGCUUCCAAGUGAAAAAAAAUCUUCAAUGCUUUAUUUUUGGUAUUUUAUUAAAUUGUGCUAAUAAUUAAAUUAACAUGAUUAAAAAGUGAUCGCUUUGGAAGUUGUCCUGAUAAUUAGUUUUUCCCUCAAGUGCAAAUUCUGGGUAUAAACUGUUAUGGUAUGUGUGGUACCUUGCUAUAAACAGAUUCCCAUUGGAAGGCUUAGAACAUAAUUACUGGGUUCCUUUCUUAAGGAUCUUUAAAUGAAAAUUGAGGGACCUAAAAAUAUAAAUGUAAGUACUUUGCCUAAAACUUUGAUCAUAGUACAGCCUGACUCAGAUGUAUGAAAAUGUCUUUGCAGCAGCGAUUCAUUAUGCAGCUCCUGCUGGAAUUUGUAUUAAGAUAUCCACCGGAGGCAUCUCGGAUCUGCCGCCUGUGCAUAAAGAUGCAACCAUCCUACGGUUGCGCAGCAUGGCCGUCAGAAGCGAGACGCCAGAGCCAUGGUUGCAGCAUAUGGGAUCGCAGUCGCAAGCUGUGAAACACCUACGUUUAAAUAGACACUCUCUCGUUACCUCCCAUAAACUGUGCCUGACUGUUAAUCCCUUUGCGAAUAAAUCCACACUGCGACAGUCAUUGCAAGACCAUCCCGGCAUAUGCGCAGUGUGACUUAGACACAUGCAGUGGCAAAUCAUUCCACUGCAUACAAUAUUGACAUGGCAUCCAUCUCUGAAUCCGGCCCAUUGUAUGAAAGGACUGCAGAAUGUAGACUCGCCUGGAACUGGAUAGUCCACAUGGACGUUCUCUAUCCCUGACCGUUGUAAAAAAAAAAAAGUUUUACUGUGUAUAUGUUUCAAAUGUUUGAAAUAAUGAUAUAGAUAGAUAUAUAUCACUAAUACCCGGCGGCACUCUGGACUUCUUAGUCAGAAAAAAUCACCAACACAUGCUUGUGUUUUUUAGAUAGAUAGAUAGAUAGAUAUAUAUAUAUAUAUAUAUAUAUAUAUAUAUAUAUAGAUAGAUAGAUAGAUAGAUAGAUAUAUCUAUAUAUAUAUAUAUCUAAAAAUAAUAUGUAUGUAUUUUAAACAUUGUUAUUGAGAGCAUGAGGAAACCGUAUGACAAGAAAGACCGAAAUGAAAACCGUAUGGGAAAUUCAGUUUAAUUACAUACUAAGGGGUGUAUUCAAUUACGGUCGGAAGCUCUGACAGGGCAGAAAGACAGCACUUUUCACCGAUAAUCGGAACUUUCCAACACUUCAAUAUUCAAUUGAACUGCCGUUCUUCCGCCCUGUCGGAAAUUCCGACACUUUGAAAACACACAUGCAUGAGCAGAACCUCUGCUCAUCCAUGUGUUUUCAACACCGCUGCUGACGAAAACGGGCCAUUUUCAAGCAUUAAUUUUCGCCCAUAGGAGUGGGUGGAAAUGAGUGGUCGGAAGGGGAAAUGGCCCACUACUGAAUGCUGAAGUGUCGGAUCCUCUCCUAAAUCUUGUGUUUUACCAAAUGUGAAAGGGACCAUUUGUGCUUGCCUGGCUCUGCCGUAGAUGAGCAAAGCAUUAUUCCUAAGUAGAUGGAAACAAACCACUCAUCUUAAAUGAAGAAGUGGAAGCAAGAUAUGGUAUAGCUAUUCCACAAAUGAUCCAUACUUGCAACAUGUAAUGGUGUUCCUGAAAUUUGUGUGUUUAAAGAUAUUUAUCAUCUUCUGUAAAUAAAAAAUCUCCCUAGAA